AACUGGGAAUGAUUUGGACAUAAAUGCAACGUAUUGAACCCAUUAGAUUCUUUAAAUGUUUCUCUUCAAUGCGCAACGGAAACGAGUACUAUACUGUUUUGUUAACGUAUUUCUAUUGUUUUUGUACCCAAAACGAUAAAAAUGGCACCGGUAUUGAUUUUGAGAGCAAAGAAACUCGACAUUCCAAAUAGGUUCUGCCAUUCAAGAUUUGAAUGGUUUGCGUGUAUAAACGAUAAGAUUACCGACUUAUCAAUCUGAGGAAAAAAUGAACUCUAAGCAAUAUUGCCACUAUCAGCUCAGUCAUUUUUCGAACUUCGAUAGAAUAAUCCAGUGAUAAUGUGGUCCGCUUUUGUUGUAUUACUCUCAUUCACUUUUGCAAGUGCAAAUCCAUUCCCAAAUCAUCGAAUAAUGAACGGAAACGAAGCAACUCCCGGUCAGUUUCCGUACAUGGUUUCCCUGCAAAUGGUGUUCGACGGAAACGUACAGCAAUGUGCAGGAUCGUUGAUAUCCCAUCGCUAUGUGCUAACCGCUGCCCACUGUUUGUAUAAUCCAACGUCGGGUACCGCCAUCAUUGGCGCUCACAAUCUUGCCGAAGAGGAAGAUCAUCGAAUUGAAAUGGACCUGACAACGGACAACUUUAUCUUACAUGAAGACUUCUUCCCGGUCAGUAUGCGAAAUGAUCUGGGAUUAGUCCGUCUUCCGGAAGAAGUCGAAUUCUCCGGAUACAUUCAACCUGUCAAGUUGCCUCGGUGGUCCGACGGAGACUUCACCGGGUACAUGGGGACAUUCGCAGGAUGGGGCGUCACGCAGGAACCCGCAACGGAGUACUCCGAUGUGCUGAUGUACAUAAACAAUCGGAUCUACUCGAACGAGGAGUGUCAGGAGCGGUUCUGGGUUCCUAUGCUGAUUGAGGAGCAGAACGUGUGCAUGUCUGGCGAGGAAGGCAGAUCGGCUUGUAUUGGAGAUUCUGGAGGUCCAGCGACGGUUCAAGUGGGAGCGGAUGUGGUUCAGAUCGGGGUGUUCUCAUUUGGACCUGCUUCACAUUGUCUGGAUGCGAUUCCGAUUGUUUGCGCGAGAGUCUCAUAUUAUCUUGGAUGGAUCCAAGCAAAUUCUGAUGUGAUAAUAGAGGCGUAGUGAGAUUAAAUGUUAUGUUGAAGAAUUUACAGUUGUUAUUUCCAUUUUUCAAUAUUUUCGAAUAUGCAAAUGAGGGUGAUGAAAAUCAUCGGAACGGUACAGACUCGAUUUCUCCUAUAAUUGUUCAUUUCGCAAAAUAUCCUUCUGUGAGCAAAGAGGCCAAUGUCUUAAGCGAUCGAAAAAGAAAAUCAAGCCGCGAUGAAAACCCGGCAACCAAUAAUAUCGCAUAUCCCGCGCCAGCAAAUGAGCGUGCAAAAUAAACCGGCUGAAAUGCGCGAGUCCAGUAGUGUUGACGACAGCGACUUGUCCAAACUCGUUUUCCGCCACUUCUUCACACUUGAGAAAUCCCCCGGUGACCGAGCGUGUGUCCCGGGCAGGGCAAGCAGCAAUCGUCAUCCCCCGGUCAUCUGCGUCGUCUGCACCCUGGCAUUGCUGGGCUGCUCGCGCGCACCUCCAGCGAGAAAUCGGCUGAGCAGGGAGCGAUCAUUAACGUUUCUCCAGUUCCACUUCUUCGAAAGCUUUAUUUCCCUUGGGUUGAUCCUCGCGCGCAAGCCGACGAUGCAGCGGCGGCCGCUGACCUGUCCAGUCCACGACCUGCCCCGGCCGGCCUCUGUCAGCGGUGGGGAGCGUGCGUGCGCGAGCCGAACCUGUAUGUGACGUUCGUAUGUUUAUACUUAUAUUGGCGAAUUCGAUCUCCAAGGGGUAUCAAUUUAACACUUUGGUCUCCACCAUUCAUACUUCUUUUCACCGAUCCGAUGUACAUAAAGCAUUUUCGUGGCGGUGAUCUUUUGCUCAUUUUGACUGUCAAGUCUAUAAAAGUACUGUGGGUGAAGAUGUGAAUUUAAGCUGGUUUAAUUGUUAUUCAUAUUUGUAGCUUUUGAAAACUCCAGAAUUUAUAGCUUAUUUCUAAUAUGUGAUGAAUGGCUCAAUUAUUUGAUUUAGUUUUUGGAUUCCAAGCCACCAUAGCCAAUAACCUAACAAAAAGCGUUAUACCUUUCAACUCAGCAAAACUGUCGUCAAACCUAGCGCCGAAUUCAAACACACAUAUCUCAUGCAAGAUACGAAUCGCCUUAUGGCGGAAGAUAGCGAAACGGUUUGACAAGGGCGAUAACAUGUGGCUCAGGGUGACUGGUUUUGCAUAUGUUUCUCCCUGAGAUAAACGAGCAGUGGAGCACUAAUCCGGCCGUUGUUGUGGGAACUCCAUCAGGGAUAACUCCACGAAUUUGAC